AUGUUGUCCCGCACGCUUCCGGAGGCUCUCAACUUUCGGAGGGAUCAAGUGCCUGUUCAGGGUGCAUUGGCGGAGCUACGCAAAGAGUCUCUCGACAUCUACAAUCGUCUCCACUCAAUAUCCGAAGACAUUGACUUCGUGAACGAUAUCUGUGCGGCGUACCCCCAUCUUCCUGUCCUACCAAAUCAGCGCUGUGGCGCCUGGUACGUUGAUCCGGCGAUUGCAAGGGAAGAAACAGCAUAUUUCAAGUCCACUGAUGGCCACUUCGGUAAUUGGAGCUUCAACCUCCGUCGACCCAAUCUUCACCUGCUGUCAAUCAUUGCCUGCGAAGGCGGGAUGAUACUAGUGGAUUCUACGCGAGCGGGUAAGAAGGUGCCGGAUGCACUUUCGAAGACCGUACCCAUCUGGUGUGCUGUCAUCAAUCGUGCCGUGCGCCGCAAGUACUCGAGUCCCGAAAAGGAUGAUUGGGAUACGCAACUGUACUGCUCAGCCUCAGCUGUCAGUGCUCAAGAGCAGGCCCAAAUUGAGGCUCGGCUUGAUACCUGGGUCGAUUCGCUCAUCGACUCUGCCUACAUCUUAGCAGACCUUUUGCAGCCUUUACGACCAGUAUGGGUCACUCCUUCGACUUCCGUUCUACCAGACCUGUCGCCAGGCCGGAACCUCCCGUUCUACCCAAUCGUCUGCGUCUCUGCAUCUCAGCAGAUCCAUGAAGGACUGCAACGGCGGUCGCACGGCUUUGCAUACAUCCAGGGCUCCGGAGACGACCACGAGUCCUGGGGCAUGGGGUUGAACCCGCCGUUGUUCUGGGAGAACAAGGACGAGCUUCUGGCGUGCGAUAGACCGGGUCUGUCGGCACUAAUAAGACCUAUCGUCGCCAGGACUCGAGCACCGGCGCAGCAUGAUGGAUGGACGGUCAAGCCUUCGCCGAUCUCGCACAUCGGUGGUCAGAUCCUAGUCGGUGUGGUAGACGACCUACCGUUCCCCGCUCCACGUUCGCUGCCAGGCAGCUCGGUUGCGCUGGCAUAUGUCCUGCUCACGCACAGACCCUGGCUAGCAAGUCCACAAAACGGAGCGAGCGAGGAUAUCCUCGGCCUCCAGAUGUUGGAAGGCAAGAAGGACCAGAUCCACUUCCUUCAGAACGUCCUACCUCGGUCAAUGGCGUUCAUCGGCACAUGCCUCACUAAGGACAUGCAGAUUUGCGUCUGCUGCGAUACUGGCAAGGAUGCAUGCGUCGGCGUCGCGUUGGCGGCUCUGCAGCUGUUCUUUGACGAUUCGGGCAAGUUUGCGGCAACUCGCGAGCAGCAGGCGGCGCUGAGUAACACUGCGAGCAAACAGUCGUUACAAAAGCGGCUACAAUGGAUCAUCUCUAGCAGACCCCAGGCAAACCCCUCCCGCGUCACGCUCAAGCGUGUCAACGAAUAUAUCCUAACGUCGCCUUCCUUCCGCCGUCAGCGCGGCGUCGACUGCUCAACGUGA